AUGUACCUCAAAAUGCGAAGUAUCUCUUUUGUCCUAGCACAUUCCGCUUUGGUCCGAUCUGCACGUGCCUCUACGAGUGUAUACACAAGCCCACUAUACGCGCUCCAACUACAAACCUCACUUGACGGAUGGUCAGAGUACGCAUCAUGGACGCCGCUCCAACACUCGGACAUGCUCCAUCAGAACCACAAUCAAGAGACGGAAGACACAGAUAACUCACCCUGGACACACCCUCCAAUUUGCACCCCCGUCCUCCAAACCAUAAACUCCACCCUCUGCAUCUACACCUCCACAACCUACAGCUCCAACCGCGGAAUCUCAAUCUUCACAACCCCUGCGCUCGCAAAAGCCUUUGCCUCCCUCCCCGCCUUCACAUCUCCCCAUCCACCCCUCAUAAACACCCCCACAAACGCCUACACUGCAACCGCCAUCCCAGGAAAAGGCCUCGGCAUGCUAGCAACCCGGGAUCUCGAAUUCGGCGACGUAGUAACAGCGCACACACCCACGUUCGUGGCGUACCUAGAAGUUGAACUUCCGACCCUGGAGCGGGAGAAGUGGUGGCGACGCGCGGUGGAGCAGUUACCGGAGAAAAGCCGAGACGCGUUUUUGGACUUGGCGACUGUGUAUGGGGAUGAGAGGGUUAAAGUGCAGGAUGUUGUCAAGUCGAAUACUUUUCGGGUUGAAGUAGGGGGUGGAGUUGGUCAUUUGGCAAUAUGGCCAGAGACUAGUAGGGCGAAUCAUGGAUGUGCUCCAAACGCACAAUACGUUAUCGAUCCCGAAAACCUCACCCAAAUUGUUCGCGUCACACGUCCCAUUGCCACCGGCGAGGAAAUAACAAUCGCUUGUAAGCCCGCUCCCCUCUCUUAUCCCCUAUCAAAAGGCCACUAA